AUGACACAGAUGGGUAAAUGGAGAGCAUGGAAGGAAGGGAUCACAUUCGUCCACCUGCCCUUCCAAAGUAAAUGGCUGUACAUCGGCACAGAGAAAGGAAACAUCCACAUCGUCAACGUGGAGUCCUUCACACUCUCAGGCUACGUCAUCAUGUGGAACAAAGCCAUCGAACUAUCCUCCAAGGCCCACCCAGGUCCUGUGGUCCACAUAAGUGACAACCCCAUGGAUGAGGGAAAGCUUAUAAUUGGAUAUGAGUCUGGGAUCGUGGUCUUGUGGGAUCUGAAAUCAAAGAAGGCAGACUACCGGUACACUUAUGACGAGGUAGGUACCAUCUCCCACAAUGCCUUUCAGUGCCUCUCUUCCAUUGAUCUGGGGAAUGCAUGAAAAU